CACAAAUGUUCGAUUCACGGGGGCGCCCGCAAAACUCACCUCUUGCGCGUGCGAUCUACAAGGUGCUACAUCCGUCCUUCUACCCUCUACCCAGGCGCACCCUCUUGCCUCUUAUCCUGUUCCCACUCAACAAGUACGUCCGAUGGCUAAGCAUGGACUGCAUCCGUGGCUGCAGCGUGCACGUUGAGGUAGAACUGCACAGCGAGAACAGCCCCGAUCAGGAGACACUUCACAACGGGCGCAACAUCGGGAAGACCCUCCCUGCGGACUACACACGCAGCAUCAUGCACACCGUCGUCAUCGAUGGCAUCGACCGCAGCCCCUGCUGCGGUACGCACAUGCCCACCAUCCACGACCUCUUCGUUGUCCCGCACAUGGAGUUGCUCGCCACGCGCGCGAGCUCGACCUCCGUGCGGCUCAGCUGUGGGAUGCUGCAAGUCCCUGAACACGUUGUGGAGGGCGUGGAGGAGCGCAACUGCAGGACGAAACAUGCGGAGGACGUCGAGGCUGAGCUUGCGCGGG